AUGGCGGCUGAGGUGCAGCCCAUUGCCCAGGUCAAACUACCUGCGCAGCUGUCUUCUCUCACCCCCGAACAGAUCUACUGGAGGAGUUUCAAGUCACCACUUAGCGUUCCCUCACCAACCAAGCAUGCCGUCGUUCAUAUCUCUCAACCAGCGCCCAGCGCCACCAGCCAGAAUACAUCCGAUACAUUUGCAGUAACCACUGGCGCUAGAGUUCAGCUAUAUUCUACAAAAAGCCGUAAGGUGGUUCGGUCAAUUACACGAUUCGACGACAUUGCCUACAGUGGAGAGGUUCGAUACGAUGGACGGGUCCUGGCGGCAGGUGACGAGACAGGUGCCAUACAGGUCUUUGACGUCAACUCGAGAGCUAUCCUCAAGACGUGGAAAGAGCAAAAACAAUCUGUACAGACGGUCAAAUGGAGCCCACGAGAUCCUACAAGCCUGAUGAGUUGCGGUGACGAUCGAACGGUCAGAUUAUGGGACCUUCCCAGCGAAUCUAGUGUCGAGACUUUCCGCGGCCACCAAGACUAUGUCCGCACCGGGUUGUUUCUCCCUGGCAACUCGGGUAAUCUACUGGUGUCAGGUAGCUACGACCAGACAGUGCGUUUAUGGGACCCUCGGACGCCAUCUUCUGCCGUGAUGACUUUCAAACAUAUUGCUGCCGUUGAAGAUGUAUUAUGCAUGCCUUCUGGCACGACAAUCCUGGCCGCGGCAGAUAACCAGGUAGCUGUGUUGGAUAUUGUGGCUGGCCGCCCACGCCACAUCAUCAAAAAUCACCAGAAAACGGUCACUGCCCUGGCUCUCGCUUCAAACGGGACCCGAAUUGUGAGCGGCGGCCUUGACGGACACAUGAAAGUCUUUGAGACUUCUGGGUGGAACGUUGUGUAUGGUUCAAAAUACCCAUCGCCCAUACUGUCUCUGGCAGUUAUUGGCUCUGGAAGUCCACGAGAGGAGAAGCAUGUCGUGGUCGGAAUGGCCAGUGGCCAGCUCAGUAUCAAAACCAGGUUAUCCGGGGAACAGAAAAUUAAGGAGCGGGAACGGCAACGGCAAAUGGAUGCAUUGAUUGCAGGGACAAUCGAAGAAUACGACAAGAAACAAGCCAAGAAAAGGACCCGGGGCAUCGAGAAGAGAUUAAGAGGCAGAGACCACCAAGGCGAGGAUGCGGACAUUAUUGUGCAAGGGGACAGCAGACCAAAGGUCAAGAAGCAGACUCAAUGGGAAAAGGCCUUGCACAAGGGCAGUUACGGAGAUGCCCUGGAUCUCGCCUUGAGGAGCGGAGACAAAAUGACCGUGGUCACACUUCUCAACAAUCUUCGAUAUCGGUCUGCCUUGAAAGCAGCCUUGGAAAAUCGCACCGAACAGACUCUUCAACCGAUCAUGAGUUGGCUCUGGAAGAACAUUCCCAACUCAACCUUUGUUCCACUCUGCGUUGAGCUGGCGAUGAACAUCAUGGACCUCUACUCCAAACACCUAGCGGAAAGUGAGCUGUUGGCUAAAUUGGUCAUGAAGCUUCGCGAACGAGUUCUUGAAGAGGUCGACCGCACUAAGCAAGCUGGCACGACUCGCGGCAUGCUGGAGAUUCUGAGCCCAGGGGUUGUGGGUUGAAUGGCUUUGGUGAGGUAGACGUUAAGCAAGACGCUUUAACCAAUAUCUGGCAAAACCACGACAUGGGGCCCAAAGUAUUGCCACCUUCUACAAAAAAUCAGUCAGAAGUCGCAAGAUUGGUCAGCUGGCGCUGGAUCAUUGCAGAAGACGAGGAUACCACUCAAGGUCGUUUUUGCAUUUUCGGCGCUUGAAGGUCGUAGAACCACGGCAACACAUGUCCAGAUCUUGUCAAAGACAGUCCAUUGAGCAUUUGGAUCUGAGAAUGGAUCCCUUGAUUCAGUGUGCGAACAUACUCACACUGAGAACGCUCAACGGCAUAGCCUCCGGCUAUUUGACUGGGC